AUGCCAAACAGUCAGUCAUCUGUCGAAGACCGCUUGCGGCGUCUCAUCCCGAGCCUCUCGGUAUAUAGCGAAGGCACGCACUAUCAAGACUGUCUCGAACUAUACAACCAUGCGCUGAGAAAGAAACCACUGGUCUGCACUCGGCCGCGGACAGAAGAAGAGGUCUCCCGCUUGGUUCAAUUUUGCGCCGAACAAAAGACCCCCUUUGCUGUUCGUUCAGGUGGUCACGACUUCUUCGGCCGCUCCGUGAUUCACAACGGCAUUCUUAUCGACAUGCGUGACAUGGACACGGUUAGUGUUGCGUCGGACCGAGCUAGCGCACGCGUUGGUGGCGGAGUGAUUGCCGGCCACCUGCAGGAAACCCUCCAUUCUCACGGCUUGUUCACUCCUACUGGACAGGCAAAGUCUGUCGGCUAUGUCUCUUGGGCAUGUGGCGGAGGGUACGGCUUCUAUGUUGGAACAUACGGGUUUGGGGUGGAUCAAAUACUGGGAGCUCGAGUGGUUUUGGCCGGCGGCGGUGUGGUUGACACCAACGAAGAUUCAGAAUUACUAUGGGCACUCCGCGGCGCUGGGGCUGCCACGUUCGGCAUUGUCGUGGAGCUUCGCGUGAAGGUCUACCCAGUGCCUAAACUAUACGCGGGCUUCCUGGCCUUCCCCUUGGCCGAUGCCGCAACGGUCAUGGGCAGGAUUGAGAGGCUCUUAGAUGAUGACUUUCCUGAUGAGUUCAGCGGAGAUGCCAUCGUUGUAAAUCCUGAAAUGGCUCCAACCCCGGUAGCCGAGCCUUGUUUUGUUAUGUUUUGGUGUUGGACUUCGCCCAGCGGGGACCUCGGGCCUGCGAAAAGCUUCCUUGAGCAGAUGAUGCAGGCCGGCAGGGUUCUGGGGAACACGGUCACGGAGACUACACCAGCCGCCUAUGGCUUGGGUGAUUCGUCGUCAGAAACAUUCUUCCGCAGUCGAAACGUCGAUCGGAUACAUCAGAAGGUUGGCACCAUUCUCGCACGGCACCCUCCACCGUACCCGCUGUCCGCUGUCAUCUUUCACAAUAAUCACGGUAAGGGUGUUCGGCACCAAGUCGCCGAUCCUGUCGGGGCGGCCUUUCCGAAUCGAUACCAACAUGUCAUUCUCGGCCUUCAUGGGGGCACCAGGCCAGGCGGAGUUGACGAACAGGAGCUUGCAACAGCAGCCAGCUGGGUCAUACAAUUGGAGGAAGCGAUUGAUCAGAACGGUCUUUCCUUGCGAGGAGGGUUCCCUGCCUUUUGGCCCCCUGACCAAGUAGACAUCGAACGAUUCUUCGGCGAAGAGAAGGCCUUAAGACUGCGGCAGUUGAAGGCACGACUAGAUCCGAACAAUCUGUUUCACCGUGCUCUGCCCGGUCUAUAUGGAUGCUGA